UCCGACGGCCCGGGCUUCCCCCGCCAGCUGCCCUCCGCCCCCCGAGCAGGACAGAGCCGAGGCGGGGGGCGCCGCUGGCGAUCAUCCCCCUCGGUCCCCACCGGCCGGGGCGCCGGGCGGCGGGCAGCGGCGGCGCGGCGGGGCUCGAUGCGGCGGCCAUGGGGCGCGGGCCCCCCCUCGGACCGUGCCUGCUGCGGGCGGCGCUGCUGCUCGCCCUCUGCCCCGCCGCCGCCGGCGGCACCUGGAUGUGGCUGGGCAUCGCCGCCGCCGGCGGGCCGGAGAAGCCGGGCUGCGCCAGCCCGCCGCUGAGCCGCCGGCAGCAGGACCUGUGCAGGCAGAAGCCGGAGCUGGUGCCCGCCAUCCGGGAGGGAGCGCGCCUGGGCCUCCGGGAGUGCCGCAGCCAGUUCCGACACGAGCGCUGGGACUGCCGCUCGCCGCCCGCCGCCCGCCGCGGACCCGCCGCCGCCGCCUUCGGGCACCAGCUCAGCAGCGGCACGAAGGAGACCGCGUUCAUAUACGCAGUGACGUCAGCGGGCCUCGUGCACGCGGUGACACGAUCGUGCAGCGCAGGGAACAUGACCGAGUGCUCCUGCGACACGAGCCUGCGGCACGGCGGCUCAGCCAGCGAGGGCUGGCACUGGGGCGGCUGCUCUGAUGAUAUCCACUACGGAAUGUCGUUCAGCAGAAAGUUCCUGGAUGUGCCUAUGAAGAACGUAACAGGCAAGAGCGGGAGCGGACUGGCAGCGAUGAACCUGCACAACAACGAGGCUGGCAGGCAGGCUGUAGCGAAGCUGAUGUCAGUGGAUUGCCGUUGUCACGGUGUUUCUGGGUCCUGCGCGGUGAAAACUUGUUGGAAAACAAUGUCUUCCUUUGAAAAGAUCGGCCGGUUUUUAAAGGAUAAGUAUGAAAACAGCAUACAAAUAUCAGACAGACUGAAAAAAAAGCUACGCAGGAAAGAGAAAAGCCAACGGAAAAUACCAAUUGGGAAAGAAGACCUGCUGUAUGUGAACAAAUCGCCCAAUUACUGUGUCGAAGACCAAAACCUGGGGAUUCCUGGGACUCAGGGAAGGGAAUGUAACCGCACCUCGGAGGGACCCGACGGCUGCAACCUCCUCUGCUGUGGGCGUGGGUACAAUACCCACGUGGUCAGGCACGUGGAAAGGUGUGAAUGCAAGUUUGUCUGGUGCUGCUACGUGCGCUGCCGGAGGUGCGAGACCAUGACUGAUGUACACACCUGCAAAUAAGAGGAAUUACAGAAAACACGGCUAAACCCUCCUGCACUGUUUGGUACACACAAUGCCGCACAGGCAGCAAUUACUCUUACCAUGUGGGAUCGCAGGGGGGAUCAGCCUCGUGGGGAACAGCAUUGCCAAGCAGUGGGUAGCCCAAGCAUCUGGCAUAUGAAAGAGCAACCGAGUGAACAGCAGCCUGCAUGCAGGGACAGCUAAAACAACAGAAAGGGGCGCCUGAUGACACAUAUGACCAUGUAAAUCCAUGAGCAGGGACAGACCCUAAACUUUCCAAGUCUUUAGUAGCCGUAACGUCCUGAAGAUCGAUGUGGUCAGUAGGCGUAGUGGAGAAAACUCAAGAUCUCGUUAGCCAGAGGCUGAAGAGUUAAAAGGGCAUGUAAGAUAUAAUCCUUAUGUCUGUAUUUUUAAAACUGCAACUAGAUGGAUCCACUAGAUGGUUCAUUUCUGCAGGCCUAAAAAAAAGCAAAAGGUAGGGGAAAUGUUCUGCUGUUGACCAUGAAGCAUUUGCUUUGCAACCCUUCGGGAAGCUAUCUUCUGCAUAAUAUGCAGAAAAGCAUCUGGUACGGGGAAGCACGUAUGACUGCAGAGAGCCAGGCACUGCCUGAGUGGACGAGGAGGGUCCGUCAGUGUGGAACAAGCUGUGUCCAGAGCAGAGCAGCUGGAGCACAGCUUGAUGAAUGUGAACGGUGUACCAAAUAGCAACCUCGGGAUUUUUUAUAGGUUGUCUUUCAAAUGCAGAAAGGACAGGUCUGAGGAGGGACAGAAAUACAGUUCGAUAUUUGAAGGAAAUAAAAUCCUUUUGCAGGCAUUUCCUCAGUAUCUGCACACACAAUUUGCAAGUCAGCUGAUCAUCACCCCACUGUUGGACUGCAUGCAAUCACCUGCUACGUUCAACCAUCUCACUGGUGGUUCACCAUCAUUUUCACAAUUAUCCAUAUGAGAUUUAGCCCAAAGAAAUCUGCCAUAAAGUAAAAGGUUUUUUAAAACAUUGCUUUCUCUUACAGAAGCAGCAGCUAGAACUUUUCAUUAGGUUGCACCCUCAUACACAGUGUAAUUUCUGGAUUGGCUCACACCACUAAAAUAUUUAAACUGUUAUUGAUAACAUUUUCUCCCCCUCCAUAUGUUGGCUCAGUUUUCUUUUACAUCUGUGAAAGGUUGUUUAUUUUUAUGCAGUGAUUUAAUGCCUGGCUUAAAAAGCAACAUGUGAAAGGAUUUCUGUUGUUUAAAUGUGCAAAGACCUAUUUUUGAUAAGACAAGAAAGUUUAUAUUUUGUAAAUAUUUAAAUUAUGCAAGUUAUGUAAAAGGUUUCCAGAACAAAUGUGAUAAGAAUACAGCCUUUGACAUUUGUUUGUUAGAUAUUCAUUACUAUUGUAGUAGCCUUUAACUGAUCUUUAUGUGCAUGUGCAGGGGGAAAUUAGUUAGAGAAUUACAUGUGUUCUUUUUUUACCAUCAGGGUGCUUAUAAUUAUUUCAAUUAAUACACACUUACUAUGAUUUUCUAAAUGAUCAUCUAAUUAUUAUUCUGUGUACCUUUUUUAUUCUUUUAAAUUAUUUUAAAACCUCAACUCCAGCGGUAAAUACAGAACUCCCACUGACAUCAAGGGGACUUGCAAGGGUUUGCAAUCCCUUGACUGAUUCCACACAAACAGUCAGUUUUUAGAAGGAAAUCAUAUUAGACAGUUUGGUUGAGGCUUUCCAAGUUAUUUUGAGGAAUUAAUUUCCUCAUUGACAUUUAUUUUCCCAUGAAAUAUGGUGACCAGAUUCCCUGUCACUCUUUAUUGGACAUGUAGCUCAGGAAGAAGCAAACAAAACCUGUGUUGUGGUACAUCAUUGCCUUAUGUGGACUGUUUUAGGAACAUCAGUUCAGCAACCAAGAAGUCCUUUAUCUGAUGGUUCUUUUUGGACCUUCCCUCCACAUCUGGCCAGUCUGUCUCCAUUGACCUAGCCAAAUAAUUAUGCUGAGGCCACAAAAUCUGCUAUCUGUGGGAAGGAUUUUCAGCAUAGCAGUUUCUGUCACCAAAGGAUUCAAUACCCUCCCUGUGAAAACUUGGAUGGGGAGGACACAUCCUGGUGGAAGACCCUGAAGAGAAAGUUGUGAAGCCCCAGGUGUUCCCAUCUUCCAGCAAGGAAAGUAAACCCACAGGCUCCACAGGCUGUGCCACAGCACCUAUCAGCCACACGGAUGGGACAUGCUGCUGUUCACUAUUGGUAUGAAGGUGGUGUAGAGACCACCUCUCUCUCUUUCUGCAUCUGUCCUACACCAAGCUACUGGCAGAGGUAAGUGCCUUGGUUGCCCUACGUGAGACUGCUCCUCGCCGUACCUACCGCUGCUGAGUUCCGUGCUGAGAUCACCGCCGUUUUGUUGCAUGGGGCUCCAGCAGGGAGAUGGAGAUCUCCUGAAGAAGCCCCAGUCUGUGUCUCAAAACUACCUUAGCUUUUCCCGCACCUAAAGGUUCUAACACACCUGAUCUGUAAAGGAAAAUCACCAAUGUACUUCUUGUAUGCCUUAACUCCUGGCAGGGGAGAAAAUGGGGAGAAAAUGGUCCUGGACUCCUGGAUUUAAGAUCAGCCUCAGGGAUUUCACCAGGAGAAAAUCUCAGUGAGCUGUUUCUGUGGAUUUGAAGGGGAAGGGCACUCACAGCAUUGCAAGGAGAUGUGGGGCACUCAUGAUGCAGCCAGAGCAGUCAGGGUGUCUCUUGCCUGCUUGGCUAGCCAGUAUUUAACACUGCAUUAUUUUUGAGAGGUCAUCUAGUUAAAAAAAAAAAAAAAUAUAUCUU